AUGUCUGAUGAGCAGUACCGUGUGGGACUGAUGCUAUUCCUUGUGUCAUACUCAUUAUUCGAAGCACCAAGUAAUCUGGCAAUGAAGAUCUUCUCUCCUCCCGUAUGGUUAUCAUUCCUUAUAGCAUGUUUUGGCUCCUUAUGCGCCGGAAUUGGAGGUUCAAAGAAUGUGCAGACACUUAUGGCGCUUCGGUUCCUUUUAGGAGCAGCAGAAGCUGGUGUCUAUCCCGGGAUGAUUUUCUAUCUCACUUUUUGGUACGCCCCUCGUCAACGAGCAAUCAGAAUCGCAGUUUUUCUUUGCAGCGCAACCUUAGCAGGAGCUUUUGGAGGUGCGAUCGCCUAUGGAGUAGGUAAUAUGAACAAAGCCGGUGGUUUGAGUGCAUGGCGCUGGCUCUUCAUCCUCGAAGGUUUGCCGUGCAUUGCUCUCGCAGUCGCCAUUUUUUUCUUUCUACCGAGUUACCCGGAAAGGGCCAAGUGGCUCACCGAGGAGGAGAAAAGUAUCCUAAAUAAUUCGUUUGGUGGCAACGUUUUCAGUGGUGAUGCAAAGCUCAACUGGCAAGACGCAAAAGCAACCCUGAAAGAAUUUAGACUCUGGGUGCACUACGCAAUCUAUCUCUGUGUCGGAAUUGGUGUCUCUUCUUUAUCCCUUUUUGCGCCCACAAUUGUGGAAGCCAUCGGGUAUACUGGGCUAUCCGCACAGCUCUUCACCAUCCCUCCAUAUGCAUGUGCAUAUGUGGUGACUCUUGGAGCCGCAUACAUAUCUGACAAAUGGCAAUGUCGAGGACUCGUCGCUGCUGUAUUCUGCUUGUGCGGCGUGGUAACCUUUCUGAUACAAGCAUGCGUCCCGAGCCCAUCGCUUCACCUCCGAUAUGCCAUGCUAGUGCUUUGUACAUGUUCCGUGUUUGGGUCUCUUCCGUCUCUUUGCGCGUGGGUUUCUGAUAAUGUGCAUACCACUACAGCCGCGUCUCUGGCAAGUGGACUCAAUAUAGCCUUCACCGGACCAGGGCAAAUAAUUGGGGUGUGGAUUUAUUUAGGUCAAGAAGCUCCUCGCUAUCAGACUGGGCAUGGAGUAAAUGCCGCCAGUCAAUUCUUAGCCUCCAUCCUAGCCCUCGGUUUGUGGGCUUACUAUCGGCGAAGCAAUGCAAAGUUGCCUCCAGGUCAGCCAAAGUGGGUUGCCUAG